AUGGCGCGGUGUUGCUGCAACAGUCGUGUGCUGUGCCUGUGCCUGCUGCCCUGCAUGAUGAUGGGUCACCUGCUCAUCUACAUCCUGGUGUCCAUCUUCGUCACCAUCUCCUACAACAGCAGUCAGGCUCCGCCUCCUCUCCCACUGCACUUCGUCGCCCCCGGCGCCUCCAAGAACUCCGUUGCCGUGGCGUCGCACCCGCUCGGCCCCUUCUGGAACCUGCGGCUGCAGGACGGAGCGCUCUGGAACCGCCUGCAGCACCAGCUCGACCGCCGCCACAACCCCAUCCUCAGGGCGCGGCGGGGGGGCAACGGAACGCUGGGUGGGGGGGUAAACGGGGCAACAGGGGGGGCGUGUGAGUGGCGGCCCCAGGGGUCGUCCCAGCUGCCGGACUUUAACGAGCUGCCGCAGCAGAUGAAGGACUUUGUGCUGUCCAUGGACUGCAGGACCUACCCGCUGCUGAUGGACCAGCCACACCUGUGUGAGCCCCGCGGGCCCCUGGUGGGCCCCAGAGCCGAGGGGGACGCAGAGCAACCCACGCUGCUCAUGGCCAUCAAGUCCCAGGUGGGCAACUUUGAGAGUCGUCAGGCGAUUCGGGAGACGUGGGGGAGGAGUGGUUGGGUACCGGUCGAGUCAGCAGGUGGAGGAGGAAGAGGAGGCCUGGUGCGCACCGUGUUCCUGCUGGGCCGCCAGGACUCGUCGACGGGCCCCCACCCGAACCUCAACGCCCUGCUGGAGCUGGAGAGCCAUCGCCACGGCGACAUCCUCCAGUGGGACUUCCGCGACACCUUCUUCAACCUGACGCUGAAGGACGUGCUCUUCUGGGACUGGUUCGGCCAGCACUGCCCCGGUGCUCGCUUCGUCUUCAAGGGCGACGACGACGUGUUUGUGCGCACGGGACCCCUGCUGGACUACCUGCUCAGCCAGACACCCCGCACACUGCCCACCACACCCAACAACAACAACAACAACGACAUCAACAACAACGCCACACAGGCCGUCUGGGACUUCCUGGUUGGUGAUGUCAUCAGCCACGCCUGGCCCAAUCGGCAGCCUGAGACCAAAUACUUCAUCCCGGAGAGCUUCUACGUGGGCGUGUACCCGGCGUACGCGGGUGGGGGAGGCGUGGUCUACUCGGGCUGGCUGGCGCAGAGGUUCCGGGAGGUGUCGCGGCAGGUGCACCUGUUCCCCAUCGACGACGUGUACCUGGGCAUGUGCCUGCGCCGUCUGGGCCUGUCCCCCACGCACCACCCCGGCUUCAUGACCUUUGACCUCCCCGAGGGCGAGCGGGAGAAGCCGUGCGCGUACCGCAACGUGAUGCUGGUGCACAAGCGCAGCCCCCGCCAGAUGCUGAUGCUGUGGAGGCAGCUCAGGGAGGCCCUGCCCACCUGCUGA